AUGCCAACAAUCCAGGAGUUUGAAGCUUUUGAAAAGGUGGUGAAAACUAUAGCCUCCCAUCCUGAUACGUCUGCGUUUCCGACCUCCCUCGCGCAUAGAUGGCCCAACCCGGUUGACCAGAUGGCAUUCCUGCGCUGGCAACUACAAAGGGGAAAUGAGCUACAGAAAGUAUUUGAUACUCCUGGCGCCACCAGUGAGCAACUUAUAGAACUGAUCGACAAUAUGAGCUACAAUUCCCAUGAAGAGCGCUGUGAGCUUCUCCGAAUCAUCGACAGUCCCGUUGUCCCUUGGAUUCAUGUCGGAAAAGACAAAUAUGGUAGCCACUACCGCAUCUCUCCACAAUCCGAUACCCUCUAUCCAGAUAAAGAGUUCUCCCCUCCAGGCGGCAAUGAACCCCUCCCAACCAGUGUCCUGGGGGUUAACCUUAACGUCCAACCCCGAAAUCCCCCCUGUCGCCGAAGGGGCCAUUACGCUGAAGAGAGCAAUAUGUCAAACGAGUCCGAUGAUACUUCCGAUACAGGCUUCGUUUUCCACCAGAUAGGCAUACUCGAGGAGUGGGUGGGCGAUAGCGGUAUUCCAAAGAGCAAGGAGAAUAUUUCGCAGGGCCCUUGGUUUCCAACUGGGUUUGGAGUGGUGGUGAAAUUCGGCCGAAAUGGGCUUGCAGAUGGCAUCUACAUCAUUUACAACUUCCUCCCUGUGGACGAUUGCACCUAUGAGCGAGCCAAAUGCAGGUCAGACCAUCCCACAUGGGGAUAUUUAGGGAGGCGGUCGGACAAGUUCGCUGUCGCGAAGAUCGCGAACCAGAUGUCGAGUCUUGGAUUUAACCGCCCUCUGUCGCUUGAUCAGGUCGUCGAUCACCCCGUUGAGUUGGUCAAUGCUGUGCAUGAUUCUGCGGGCUUUAUUAUACGGACCACCGUUGCGGAUGUUUCCUGUGGAAGGUGA